UCCGGUUCCGGUAUUCAAAACGUAAACAUCGUUGUAACACAAUCUUAAAACUAAUUUUAAUUAAAAAUCACUAACGGACUGUUGGACACGGUAAAUAACGUAAAAACACAACUAAAAGUGCUGUGGAUCAGUGGAAUUAGUGACUAUAGUGUAAUAAACGCAAAAACAAGACAAAUUACAAGUAAAUAAUACCCAAAAAUAACUAGUUUGAGGUUAAAGUCAUAUUCGAAACGUCAAAGUUGCACACUAUCAGUUGCUGACAGUGUCACUCAUCGCAUCAGUGCUGCCAACGCGAAAAUAUCGGUGCGCCGCCUCGUUCCAUUUUACACAAAUAAAUUAAAAAACUAAGUAUGGAAGAUCAAUUUCAAAUUUUGUUUGACAAAAUGAAAGCUGAAAUGCAGAAACAGACGGUGGAAUUGAAAGAGUCUAUAACCAAUUCAAUCAUGGAAAAAAUUGAGGAAAAAAUAAAGCCUAUUAUAGCAGAAAACAAAGACUUGAAGACAAAAUUAAUAAACCUUGAGAAAGAGAUGGAGUAUUUGAAAAGAGAUAAGAAGCAAAAUAACAUCGUCAUUUUUAGAUUAAAAGAGGAAGAUGAAUCUACAGCAGAACUAAUACAAAAAGUAAAGAAGAUAAUUAAUGAAGACUUAAAUAUUAACAUGGAGGACUUUGAGAUAAACAACGUUUAUCGCAUAGGAAAGAAAAACACAGAGGGAAAGCCGAGACCUGUUUUGCUUUCCUUUGUCAAUUUAUGGAAGAAGAACGAAGUAAUGAAAGCACGAAAAAACCUUAAAGAUACUUACAUCACAGAAGAUUAUCCUAAAGCAGUUCUGGAGAAGAGAAAAAUGUUACAAAAUAAAUUAAAAGAAGAAAGAAUGAAAGGAAAUUUCGCAUAUAUUAAAUACGACAAGCUUGUAGUAAAGGAAAAUAAUAUAAGUAAUGAUAAAAGAAAAAGAGAAAUAUCUUCAUCGCCACGAGACAAUGCACAAGCAAAAAAGCAACAAGUCUGGACGCCAUCGCAAAAUAAUAGACGCAACGCUUUUGACGUUAUGAGAGGCAGGUCCAGCUCUCUCUCUUCUUUUACGUCAGAUAAUAGGCAAUAACAAUUAGCUAUCGGCAACCGGAAA